AUGAUCAAUCAAGGAGAACAAUUAGGUCAAAUGGAAGCAACAGAAACAUUUUUUGCUAUGACAAAAUUAUUUCAAUCAAAAGAUAUGAUGCUUCGUCGUAUGAUUUAUUUAUCAUUAAAAGAAAUGUCAACAGUUGCAAAUUAUGUUAUUAUUGUAACAUCAAGUUUAACUCGUGAUAUGACUGAAAAAGAAGAUUCUCAUCGUGGACCAGCUAUGCGAGCUUUAUGUAAAAUUAUUGAUGUUAAUGAAGUUCAAGAAGCUGUUAAUAAUGAUAAUAUAAUGGUACAAUAUCAUGCACUUGGUCUUUUAUAUCAAAUACGUCGAACGGAUAAAUAUGCUAUUAGAAAAUUAAUUGUCAAAUUUUCUAAAGCUGGUUUUCGAAGUCCAUAUGCAUAUUGUUUUCUGAUUCGUAUUGCAGCUAAUCUUAUAAAUGAAGAAGGCGAAGAAACGGAUAGUCCAAUGUAUGAUUUUAUUGAUUCAUGUUUACGUCAUAAAAAUGAAAUGGUUAUUUAUGAAGCUGCAUCAACAAUUGUAUCACUUAAAUGUGUUACACCAAAAGAACUUAGUUCAACUGUUAAUGUUCUUCAAUUAUUUCUUUCAUCCCGUAAACCUGUUUUACGUUAUGCAGCUGUUCGAACACUUAAUAAAGUUGCUAUUCAAUAUCCAGCAUCUGUAACAGCUUCUAUAACAACUCUUCUUAAAACGGGUAAUGAAGCAGAUGUUGAUCGAUUAAUGAAACAAAUCUCAUCAUUUUUAUCUGAAAUAUCAGAUCAAUUUAAAACAGUUGUUGUUGAUGUAAUUAAAUCAUUAUGUCAAAAAUUUCCACGUAAACAUACUGUAUUAAUGACAUUUCUUUCAAAUAUGUUACGUGAAGAAGGUGGUUAUGAAUAUAAAAAGGCGAUUGUUAAUACAAUUAUUUCAAUUGUUGAAGAAAAUCCUGAAGCAAAAGAAGCAGAUUGUGAACAUACAUCAUUAGCUACUCGUAUUCUUCAUUUAUUGGGUCGUGAAGGACCUCGUACAACAACACCAGCCAAAUAUAUUCGUUAUAUUUAUAUUCGUGUUAUUCUUGAAAAUGCACCUGUUCGAGCUGCUGCUGUAAGUGCAUUAGCUAAAUUUGGUGCAGCUUCAGAAGAUUUAUUACCAAAUAUUUUGGUACUUUUACAACGAACAACACUCGAUCAAGAUGAUGAAGUUCGUGAUCCAAUGAAUGUAUCAUUAUCAUCACUUGAACGUCUUUUACAUCGUUAUACAAUUGAACCAACAACAAAACCAUUUGAUGUUCGAUCUGUACCUGUUGAAGCAGUUCCGGUUGAACAACCUAAAGAUAUUAGUAUUGGUGUUGAUCUUCCACGUUCAGGAAUUGAAUCGAAAACAAAUCGAGAAGAUACUUAUGAUGAACAAUUAUCUGCUAUACCAGAAUUUGCUCAUUUGGGUCCAAUAUUCAAAUCAUCAUUACCAGUUGAUUUAACUGAAAGUGAAGUCGGAUAUGUUGUACGAUGUAUAAAACAUAUUUUUAGUCAUUAUAUUGUUUUUCAAUUUGAUAUCAAUAACACACUAAAUGAUCAAUUAUUAGAACGAGUAACUGUUCAAAUCGAUGGAUCAGCUGAAGGUUUUGAAGUUGUCCAUUAUACCCCUUGUCAAGUUAUUAAAUGUAAUGAUACGGGUACAACUUAUACAUUAGUUAAAUUACCUGAUGAUUCAUCAGCUGUAACUGGUACAUUAGCAUGUACAAUGAAAUAUACAGUUAAAGAUUGUGAUCCAACGACGAGUGUACCAGAUGAUGAAGAAGGUUAUGCUGAUGAAUUUGUGCUUGAAGAUAUUGAAAUAACAGUUAGUGAUCAUGUACAAAAAGUACUUAAACCAAAUUGGUAUUAUAAAAUUAUUAUAUUUUAUUUUUCAUUUCAUCUUAUGUUUAUUAUAGAAUGUGUGAAGAAAAUAAUAAAUUAUAUGGGAAUGCAAGCUUGUGAACGAUCAGACAAAAUUCCAGAAGGCAAAGCAUCACAUGCACUUUAUUUAGCGGCUGUCUAUCGUGGUAGACAUGAUGUACUUGUUCGAGCAAAAAUGGCAUUGGAUGGUACAACAGUAUAUCCAGGAGCACAAGCUAUUACCAUGCAAUUAACAAUACGUUCGACAGAUGGAUCAGCUGUGCAAGUUAUUGCUUCAGCAGUCGAAUAA